AAAAUUGCAAAAAACUACAAAAACUAACGAGUAUUAUGAUCCUUUUUAACAACAGCAGGAAAUUGUUGUUAGUGAGAUGGUCAGUGCCACCGGUGGGGGUGGGCCAUCUCCACCCCCUUCUCAGACCUAUUUCCAUCCUCCCACCAAAGCUAAAUGCCUCCCAGCCGCCGGUAGAUCGGAAAAGCAAGAUCAUAUUGGUGCCCCCGACCCGGAACUGCUUUCACCCGGGGAACACUUCCCUUGCGAGGGAAGGGAUCAAGCUACCUGAUGGGGCCAAGGAAGUCAAGUCUAGUCAGAUGCUCAAAGCCAUGUUGACCCAUUUGUGGCCCAAGGACGAGCCAGAAAUGAGGCAACGGGUUGUUGUCGCGUUAGGAUUACUUGUAGGAGCUAAAGUUUUAAAUGUCUGUGUUCCAUAUUUAUUUAAACUUGGAGUGGAUAAUCUCGGUCCGGUUGCUGACUUUACGAGUACUGUUGACACAGUGUCUUCAUUCACAUUUGCAGUCCUUGUUGGUUACGGGCUUGCGAGAGCUGGAGCGGCCGGGUUUAAUGAGUUGCGAAAUGCUGUAUUUGCAAAAGUAGCUCAAAGGAGUAUUCGUAAAAUUGCUAAAAAUGUUUUUACUCAUUUGCACAAUUUAGAUUUAUCAUUUCAUCUCAGUCGUCAAACUGGGGCUUUGUCAAAAACUAUUGAUCGUGGGUCGAGAGGCAUUAAUUUUGUUUUGACGGCCAUGGUUUUCAACAUUGCUCCGACCAUUUUUGAAUUGGGUUUAGUGUCUCUAGUGUUGGGUUACAAAUUUGGUGCAGAAUUUGCGUACGUGUCGCUUGGAUGUGUGGGGACAUACGCUGCUUACACAUUAGCAGUGACGCAAUGGAGAACAAAAUUUAGAGUGGACAUGAAUAGAGCCGAAAACGAGUCUGGAAAUGUGGCCGUCGAUUCUUUAUUGAAUUAUGAAACUGUUAAAUAUUUCAACAAUGAACAGUAUGAAGCACAAAGAUAUGACCAAAUUUUACAAAAGUUUGAAAAGGCGUCCCUUAAAACAAGUACAUCUUUGGCAACCCUUAAUUUUGGUCAGAAUGCAAUUUUUAGCGUAGCUUUGAGCGCAAUAAUGUUAAUGGCUGCUAAACAAAUAGCACAAGGAAAUAUGACCGUUGGUGAUUUAGUUAUGGUCAAUGGCCUCCUUUUUCAACUCAGUGUUCCACUUGGAUUCCUUGGCUCGGUGUAUCGCGAAGUUAGACAGGCAAUGAUUGACAUGACCACGUUAUUCGCUUUGUUAUCUGUACAAACAAAAAUAGAGUCCAAGUACAAUGCACCCAUGCUUGCAGUUGAUAGAACUAAUUCUGCAAUUGAAUUUCAAAAUGUGACCUUCGGAUAUAACUCGUAUACAAAUAUUUUGAAUAAUUUGAGUUUUAAAAUUGAACCUGGAAAGAAAAUUGCUCUAGUGGGAGGAUCAGGCUCUGGUAAAACUACACUCAUUAGGCUGUUGUAUCGAUUUUUCGAACCCCAGCAUGGUCAAAUUAUAAUCGGCGGACAAAAAAUUAGUGAUGUAGAUUUAGAUUCACUUAGAAAAACUAUUGCUGUUGUACCUCAGGACUGUGUUCUCUUCCACGACACUAUAUUUUAUAAUUUGCAAUAUGGAAAUCUAAAUGCAUCAGAAGAAGAGGUCAUUGCAGCUGCAAAAAUGGCAAACCUGCACGACGCAAUUACAAAAUGGAAAAACGGAUAUCAAACCCAGGUCGGAGAAAGAGGGUUAAAAUUAAGUGGAGGAGAAAAGCAGAGAGUCGCCAUUGCGAGAUCCAUCUUAAAAGGUACACCAAUCCUCGUCUUUGACGAGGCGACAUCAUCUUUAGACUCAAUUACUGAACAGAGUAUUUUGGGCGCCUUGAAGACCGCCUCUCAAGGAAAAACAUCAGUUUGGAUUGCUCACCGCUUGUCAACCGUGAUGGAUGCAGAUGAAAUAUUUGUUUUAGACGGUGGUAAAAUCGUUGACAGAGGAUCUCACGAUCAACUACUAACAAAAAAUUCUCCUCUCUACCAAAGACUGUGGAGCUCACAGCAUCAACAAAACUCAAACAGUAAACCUGCUAGCUCUUAACAUUUUAAUCGAUUUUAGGUAUCGAUUUUAAUGUUAAUUAUCUUUAUUCACCAAAAAGUCAACUUAUAAUUUAAUGUAUCAAAUGUAAGAUUAUUGACAAUAAGGCUGAAACUUAAAACUUGCCCUAUGAUGAAUGCAGCCUAAAAUUAUACGACAAAAGUUAUUGCAUUAAUGCAGAAAAUGCAGUAAAGUGCAGCAUGUCGUUGAGCCAAGUUUAUGUCCGCCAGGUGUAAAAUAAGGAAUGCAUGUGAACCAAAUGAGAAUUAUUUUAUGUCCCCUGCAGUAGAAUAAACUUUUAUUACAACUCUCA